AGGUCGCGACCUCAACCAUCCUCAUUCAACUUUGCGCGACAACGCCAGCCGCCUCAUCCACGCACCUUCGCCGUCGCAGCCCCUCCCGCUCCCGGCCUCGGUACCAAUCGGAGCGACUUGCAUUAAAUUGCCUUGAAUUUCCUCUUCUUUUUAUUCUCUUCUCGCCGUCCCCAUCUCGCCCUCCCGUCGCCAUGGGGAAGAAGAAGCGUGGCCACCCGGACGUCGAGGACCUCCUCGUCCGCCCUUGGUGCUACUACUGCGAGCGAGAUUUUGAGGAUCUGAAGCUCCUGAUAUCCCAUCAGAAAGCUAAGCAUUUCAAGUGCGACCGAUGUGGUCGGCGCCUAAACACGGCCGGAGGUCUCUCCGUCCACAUGAACCAGGUCCACAAGGAAUCCCUCUCGUCGGUUGAAAACGCGCUGCCCAACCGGCAAGGUCUCGAUGUCGAGAUCUUCGGCAUGGAAGGCAUCCCGGAGGACAUCGUCCAGCAGCACAACCAGCGGAUCAUCCAGAAUUUCUACCAGGCCCAGGCCGAACGGUAUGCCGCGACUGGCAACCCCCCUCCCGGGCAGAGCCGAAAGGGCCCUACCAAGAAGCUGAGGAUCGAAACCACCGACGAGAUCAAGAAACGCCUGGCAGAGCAUCGCGCGAAGCUUGCCGCCCAGAGGGCUGCCAUGGGCGGAGGCACCAGCCACACACCUCGGGAUGGCCUACCCGACGGACAGAGUCCCGCGCAGAGCGCGUCUCCCGGCACAUUUAACUCGCCUUUCCCUCCGCCCGGCGGCCAAUACUCAGGCUUCCCGCCGCCGCCAGUGGCCGGCUUCUCGCCGCCUCCCCAAUACCCCGGCGCAUACCCCCCGCCGACUCUGCCGACGCGACCCGGAAGCAAUCUUCCCGUCCCGCCCGGCCUGCCUACGCGACCCGGCCAAGCGGGCUGGCAGCAGCCGGGAACCGCCUCGACCAUCGACGAGCUCGUGUCGAGCGCGGCCCAGCAAGGCGACGACAUCGACCAGAUAAUCCGCAUGGCCGAGGCGGGGAUCAAGCCGUCCAAGAAGGCGGAGACGCCGACGGCCGGCGAGGCGGGCGGCGAGGCGGCGGAGAAGAGGGGGAAGAAGGACAAGGAGAAGAAUGUCAAGAUGGUGUACGACGACGAGGUCAGCCCGGAGGAGAGGAUGGCGCUCAUGCCGAGAUACGCCUUCGUCGCCGAAGCCGGGGCGUAGGUGUCGCGCGAGGAGGGGCGAAACGGGAGGGGGGCCGACUCACGAUAGAAUACGAAGCGGGUGCCGCUCUGACGGUCCGCACGUCGCAUAUGUGUAUGUACGUAGGGGGUUGGGGGUGGUUUAGCUAAUGUGGCGCAGAAAUAGCCCGCUCUCCCUGCUCAGUGUCAAGAGCACCGUUCUUUUCCGGGCAAUACAGCAGAGGGGGGUUUUAUAGGCACACACUGUUUAUCACACCGCGCCGUCGCCGUCCAGUGAGCCUCUUCCCCGUUCCCUCCUCAUCGUAU